UGGCAUGCAGGGCUCACUGUCUGUCACAGAGUGUGUGUGUGCACAACAUCAAGAAGGGCUGUGGUGGGUUUAGUCUGAAAUAUAUUGUAGUAAAGACCAAGUCCUUUCAACAUGACCGCUGUUCAUCGUCUAGUGAUUGUACGCCAUGGCGAGAGUUCAUGGAACCAGGAGAACCGUUUCUGCGGCUGGUUCGAUGCCGACCUCAGCGAGAAGGGUUUGGAGGAAGCAAAGCGCGGUGCACAGGCCAUCAAAGAUGCCGGCAUGAAGUUUGAUGUGUGCUACACCUCCGUUUUAAAGCGUGCUAUCAAGACUCUGUGGACCAUCAUGGAGAGCACAGAUCAGAUGUGGUUGCCCGUAGUGCGUACUUGGCGUCUGAAUGAACGUCAUUAUGGGGGUCUGACCGGGCUGAAUAAGGCAGAAACUGCAGCCAAGCAUGGAGAGGAGCAGGUGAAGAUCUGGCGUAGGUCUUUUGAUAUCCCUCCUCCUCCUAUGGAUAAAGAUCAUCCAUACCACAAGAUUAUCAGUGAGUCAAGACGUUACAAAGGUCUAAAAGAGGGUGAACUUCCCAUUUGUGAGAGUUUGAAGGACACUAUUGCACGCGCACUGCCCUUCUGGAAUGAUGUCAUUGUACCAGAGAUAAAGGCCGGCAAAAAUGUCAUAAUUGCUGCCCAUGGCAACAGUCUACGUGGUAUUGUCAAGCACUUAGAAGGCAUGUCAGAUGCAGCCAUCAUGGAGCUGAACCUACCCACUGGCAUUCCCAUUGUUUAUGAGCUGGAUAAGGACCUGAAGCCCGUCAAACCCAUGCAGUUCUUGGGUGAUGAGGAAACAGUGUGCAAAGCCAUGGAGGCUGUGGCCGCCCAGGGCAAGGUCAAAAAAUGAAGAGCAAACAGACCCAAAGACUGAAAAGAAUCCAAACCGCACCCAAAUCUUAAUAUCUUUCCUAAAAGCUGAAGUGUGUAAUCUAUGUGUCACUAAUGUCAACCAAUAGAAUUGCAUUUUAUAAUUUCCUGAGUAAUCCCCUGGUUUGCCAUCUUAUUAUAGGUGCUAUGUUAUGAUCAGAAAAAUGACACACUCUAGCUUAAAGACCACCCCACACCCAAAGCAUCAUGAAGCAGGGGUGCACCUUUGGAUGCAAGCCCUAACAUCAUCACAUUUGACAACCGCAGUACGAAUAAAAGUACAUGGCAUGGACAUGACUGCCCCCUCACCUGCAAACGCCCUCACAUAACACCACAAAGCACAGCCCGCUCUUGAUUUGUAAAUCCCUUGUGUUGGACUACCCCACUCUGACACAGCAAAUAAAAGUGACCACCAUUUUGUGUACCUCCUUUUAUG